AUGUCAAAGCUCCAUCAAGAGGAAAACGCUCUGCACGAGCUAGAGAUACCACAAACCAAAGGCAUGAUCGUCGUGCUACACCAAGUCGCCCAAGACUUCAUGCCAGGCCGUCCACAGUUGGUGAGCAAGACAGUCGCCAAGAAGUGGACCACCGAACACACACCCGCUGCCGACGAACUGCUUUCCAUUCUCGCAGCUGUCCUGAAACACGAGCAGUCACACGUCAACUUCGACCUCUUUCGCUCCCAUGACGUCUGUCGAAAGAUCGCGGCCAAACCUGGGAAGCUGCAUUUUGCGCAGGAAACAGACUAUACUGAAUAG